GCAUCUUCAACAAGCAAGCAAAAGAAGCUCCCAAUCACGUUGGUCAACAUGUUUCUAUGUACGGUAUGUAAUCUAAGUAUGGAAGAACCGACGACCCUUUUACAGUCUUCUUAUUAGGAUUCUAGGAGAUACCCUUGAUAUCCCAAAAUACGUAAGUUCGGUUUAAAUGAAUAAAAUUCAACAUUCAAAAAAAAGAAAAAAAAAACGGAGUAUAUAAGUCGUUGAGCUUUGUUUUUCCUCCUAGUGUUCUAAUAAGUCUAAUGGAGGACAAUCUUUUUCUAGGGUUGCCUCCUCCUUCUGCACGUCCUCCUCCACCAACAUCACCACCUCCAGGGACAGAUCAACCUACAAAAAGUACUACUCAAAAGGAGAUUACCCCAGCACCUCCAGUUCCCAUUCUCAAAAGUGCUCUUAAAAGAAGCAAACAUUCCGAACCACAAACUGAAGUAGAACCGGCUGGAUCUAAGAAACGACUGACUUUUAAAACAACAGUGGAUGCCUCUGAAAAACAAGUUAUAGAAGCAAUGCAGAAGAUCAAGUUGCACAUCACAAAUCCCUCUAAGUUCAGCAAGGCAUCUAAACUUGCCAUCCAAUUGAUACAGGCUGGCAGUAUCAAUGCAGUAACUAGUAAUCACUUCAUUGCCAUACUUGAAGCUGCAAUGUCUUCUACAACUGAUUGUACAAAUCCUUCACUCAGAGCAGAUUAUCAUGCCUUGUUCUCAGCAGCUCAGGAUGUUAUUGAUUGCCUAAAUAAGAAUCAGAGAAAUCGGGUAACUGCAUGGACCGUGAGGGCAGUGUUGGGGAAUGAUCUUAAUACUGAUGACAGUUUUGUGUUCUCUAAAGCCGCUGGACGGGUAAAAGAAGCCAUAUCCGGUCUUCCUGUUGCUACCAAGGAUGAGGAUGUGGAGGAGGCCGAGGCCCUGGAAGAUGAGAAAGGAAUAAAAAAUGUAAAUUCUCAAGACCAGGAGAGCAUGCUCCCUGCUACUUCUGAAUCAAGUGAAAGAGUAGAAUUUGAUCCGUUUGGGUUGGACGCACUACUUCCAGGUACAUCAAAGACAGAUGAAAGAGCAAAUAUAAAGAAAGACGCAGCAACUCUUAUUAAGAAGGCAGAAGAAGAUUCCAAGAGAUUUCUCAAGUCACAGAGAGAAGCUUUGAUUCUCUGUUUAGAAAUUGCUGCACACCGUUACAAACUCCCAUGGUGCCAAACUGUCAUAGAUAUCUUGGUGAAGCAUGCCUUCGAAAAUAAAGAGAGGUUCACAUCUCGACAAAGGGAUGCAAUAGAUAAACUCUGGACUUCUAUUCGGGUACAACAGAAUCGGCGGAAACAAGGGAAGUCAGUAACUGGGAAACUUGACAUGAAUGCAUUUGAAUCCCUACAAGAGAAAUAUGCCAAUGAGAAGAUUAGUAUUCGACGUGCAGUUGGAGGAAAUGGUUCUCGUCGAGCACAACAGUGGCUAGGAUAAUUUCCUGUUUUUCUUCUCUUCUGUAUCAAGAAGUUGAUGUUAGAUUGUAAGAUAUUUUUACUAAUAAGGGUGGAAAAUGAUAUUUUUAUAAUCCAGCCAUUUAGUUGUCAAUUACAACAAUCUUCUCCCGAUGAACGAAUGAGUGUAUCAGUUUUUAAUUUGAUUAAUUUUACAUUUAUAUAAUUUGUGUA